CCUCCCCGCCGUCGUUGGAGCCGUUAAAGCGCUAACCUAACCUAAUCCGAUAGCGUCCUUAUUGGAGAUUUUCGGGGCAGAGUUUCGUUUCACGAAUUUAAAGGUCCGGCCACGGAACCGCGGGGGACUGUUAUGCCAGAGCUGCGUGUAUAAGGAAGUCUCUGAGCGAUAAAGGCAAGACGGAGUCCGAUAUGGAUCCCGCGACGAUGAUUGCGCUCUGCAAGGAGAACAUUCAGCCGUUGAGGUACGGGCGGAGUGCCACUCAACUGGGAACCGCAUUGAGGGCGCAGGAGGACGUGGAUGCGCAGCAGCUGUUGCUGCAGGAGAAGCAAAUGUACGAGGAUGCGAUUAAGAAUUACGAGGGAGAUGAUCCUUUGGAGAACUGGUACGAGUACAUUCUCUGGGUGGAACAGAGUUACCCGAAGAGUGGGCACGAAUCUCACAUUGGGAGGCUCUUGCAGCAGUGCUUGGCGAUAUUUGAAAAGGACCUGAAAUAUCAUCAAGAUCGUAGAUACAUACGUUUGUGGAUUAAUUAUAUAAGUAUACAAAAGAAUCCUUUGGAGCUGUAUCAGUUGUUGCACAGCAGUGGUAUCGGGACUAGAGUAGCGGACAUGUACAGGGCUUGGGCCUUCGAGUUGGAGCAAAUUGAAGAUGAUAAACGGGCGGAUGAAGUUUACUUAAUGGGACUAUCUGUUCAUGCGGAACCGUACGAAGAAUUGAGCCACGCUCACCAAAAUUUUCAAUUUGCUGUGGCGCGCAAGACGCUUGGACGUAUCGAGGAAAGAAAUGACGUGUCCUUGUACGAACAACGUCAGGCUUUUAGUUCGCUGCGGGCGAUCAGAGCCGGUAAAAGAGUCGGCAGCAUGCGGACAGGUCAUCGCGUACGCGAUUAUUAUCCUGGGACUGUGCCCCAAGUGUCAGCUUCCAUGCAGAAUACAAAGCCCAAUUCUAAAAUACAAGUAUAUCAAGAUGACAUACCUGGAGAAAUGAAGGGAUCGAGCAUAUUGGAUCAUGUACCGAUAGAGGAUAUGGUACAUAAAGAAAAUACCAUCAAGCCUGGACCCUGGAACAGUGGAAGCAAGAGAGGCCCAUUAAUAGCUCCUAGUGUAAAAGCGGGCUUUAAGAUUCACGAAGAUCAGAACGAUGACAGUGACAUGGAGAAAAUUAAGUUGUUCCCAAAUCAUAUACCUUUUUUUGACGGCAGUAAAUCUAAUGAUUGUCUAAGAGUGCCGGUAUACGUAGCAGAUCCAAUAGAUCCAAAUAUUGUACAAAAGCCACAUUAUCCCAAAGAGUUAGUUUACGCCGAUAAUGCCGAUCGUAGUAUGGAAGAAAUUAGAGCACAGCUUUAUUUGGAAAGAAGAGCGCAAUUUCUGGAAAAUAAACAUGAAAUGUCAAUGGUUUGUGUACGUGAAUCCGCUGGAGAAUCCCAAUCUCAGCUUAAUAAUUAUGAAAACAUGUAUCACCUGCAAGAAAUUGAAGAGCAGAAACAAAGAAGAGAUGCCGAGAUCAGUAGGCAGAGACUCCAAGUUGAGCAACAGGAAUUGCAAAGGCAUCAGUACGAGAUCGAGAGUCAGGUUUUAGAGACUCAACGGCAGGAAGCUGAGCAAAGAGAAUUGGAAAGAUUAGAGACCGAGAGACUUGAGGCGCAGCGAAUUGAAGCCGAAAGACUCGAAGCGCAGCGUAUCGAAGCCGAAAGACUCGAAGCGCAGCGCAUCGAAGCCGAAAGGCUCGAAGCGCAGCGUAUCGAAGCCGAAAGACACGAAGCUCAGCGAAUUGAAGCCGAAAGACUCGAAGCGCAGCGAAUGGAAGCGGAAUUGAAUACACAACGGAAAUUACAGUCGACAAACUUUAUGCAUCAGCAUCACACUUCGUCUUUGGCCGUUGACACUGAGGAACAUCUGCUCGGGCAAAGCCUCACUGUAAACACAAAGGAAGCUAUUUCGGUUGUGCAAGGUUUGUGGCAAUCCCCAGAUGUGGCCACUAACGCCUCGCGCUUUCGUAGUCCUCCCGUCGCACCUAGAAUGGUAGAUUCGAGAAAUAAAUUGUCAUUUGAUAUACACAUGGAUAGCUCUAUGACUCAACAUGUUAUGUCCAGUAACAAACAUCAUCAAGGAUACAAUGUACAGAUUUAUAACGAUCAAGAGAAUCAUCAGAAUUAUCAUACGCAGCAUCAAAGUUAUUCUGGUCAGGAUCAACAUAUUGCAUACGGAAAUCACAGUUUGCAAAACAGUUAUCAUUAUCAGAUGCAGCAACAUCAUGAUCAUCAAGUGCAACAGCCGCAUCCUCGGCAGCACCAUCCCCAACAUCAGCAUCAUCACCAGCAAUUGAUUCCAUCGCAUCAGCAAAUGCAUGCUGUGCAUCAUCAGUCUCUUUCUCAUCCGCAGCAUUUGCAAUCACCUCAAAUGCCGCAUCAUCAACCGCACCUUCAUCAUCACCAAUCUCCGCACAAUCCUCAUCAUCAAUCUCCGCACAAUCAUCAUCAAUCACCACACAAUCAUCACCAGUCGCCACACAAUCAUCAUCAAACGCCACUCAACCAUCAUCAGUCGCCACACAACCAUCAUCAACCGCCACAUAAUCAUCAUCAGUCGCCGCACAAUCAACAUCACCAGUCCCCGCACAAUCAACAUAUUCUACAUUCUCAGCAACCGCAACAUGUGCAUCAACAUAUGCAACAUAUGCAGCACCCCAUCUACAGUGACUUGAUACCCAACAAUAUCAGCUAUCAACAAUAUCCGGAAGCUCCUAUGCUACACCCGAAUCUAGAGCCGCAGAAGCAGUUACAUUUCACUCCUUAUACUGAUUCUGACAUUGAACCGAUCAAGCCGUACAGAAUGCCACCCGAAUUACCCUAUAUUAAAUCACCCGGGAUGAAUCGUAAAGAUAUUAAAUAUCUCGAAAGUGCGGAGGACAAAGAGAACGCUAUCGUUGUGGAUGGCCCGUUAGAAGAAAACAUGAUGCCCAAACCGGACGAAAAUAAUCUUUAUAUUGAUGAAAGCUUGGGCAUAGCUCCUCUCUCGACUGCUAACGAGACGUGUUUUACAGAAGCCUUUAACGCGCCGUUAACGAGCUCCACGCCAAUGACUAAUCACUUUAAGCCAUCGUACAGAAUAAAAGACGACUCACAAUUUUCAAGUCAAAAUGCUGUGUCCCAACCAGUUGCAGAGGCACAUAAUGCUGAAGGCAAUGAUAAAUUAAGUGUGAUAUUGGAAACCACACGAGAAUAUGUCUCGAGUAGUUCAGGGAGCGGUAAUUAUACCAAAUCGACUGGAUUAACUUUUGCAUUAACGAGGGAGGAUAUGAUUCCUUUUAAAGAACAACCUGUAGAUACAAUUGUAGAAGAAGAGUCAAAUGAAUCUCUGCUGUCCGUGACUCAACCUUACGAACAGAAGCAGUAUGCGCAAAUCCAAGCUGUGCACGCUCAAAGUCCGCGUACAGUACAACGACAUGUUGAUCAAAUCACAUCCGAGAUAAAGAAUAAUUGUGAUCUAAGAAAAUCCAUCAACUUGAAACUUAACGAAGAGGACAAUUCAGAGAAAGUUGACAGUAUGGAGUGCGAGGAGCAUGAACCUAUGGAACAAGUGGAGGAAGAGUGUUUCGAGCUCCCAUCGAGAGAUAUAAAUCCAUUCGAUAAGACCUUAAUAGCUGGCCUAUUGAAGAAUAUAAAGUUUCCACAAUCCCAUCAUGCAGAUGGAUAUAAAAGAAUAGAUACCAAUUUAAAUAAGCUCGUGCCUUCUACCAUGAUUACGCUCGAUACUGAAGCAUAUGAUUUGGAAAAGUGCCUUGGAAAAGGAAUGUAUGGAACAGUUUUUAAAGCAGUCAAUCUGCAAACGGGCGAGACUGUUGCCCUUAAAACGCAAAGACCUGCUUGGGUUUGGGAGUAUUAUAUCGUACGAGAGAUAAAAGCACGUCUUACAAAUCCACAUAUGUUACGUGGCUUUAUGGAUGUCACAACGGCAUAUGUGGCCAACAAUGGAAGUAUACUAGUUUCAGAAUAUUCGAAGUUUGGAACGUUAUUAGCAGUGACGAAUCAGAUAAAAAUUGCCACUGGCAAGCCUCUGAUGGAAACUUUAACUAUUUUCUUUACAAUCGAGAUGCUUCAGAUUGUGGAGUACUUACAUAAAUGCCAAAUAAUACAUGGAGACAUAAAGCCAGAUAAUUUUUUAUUGAUGCGACCACCUACGCAAGAUGUAAGACCAACCAUACAGCUGAUAGAUUUUGGAUGUAGCAUAGAUAUGAAAUUGUUACCAGAAAAUACAACAUUUACGCAAGUUAUAAAAACUGAAGAUUUCACUUGUAUCGAGAUGCAAACUGGAAGACCGUGGACAUAUCAGACUGAUUUGUAUUGUCUAGCGGCGACCAGUCAUUGUUUACUGUUUGGCAAUUACAUGAGAGUAUCUAACAUAGGCGGUCGUUGGUUUAUUGCCUCGAAAUUACCUAGGUACGCUAAAAGAGCUGCUUGGGAACAAUUUUUCACGGAGCUUUUAAAUAUCGAGUCAUGCGAGAAAAUGCCCGAUCUGGCGAAAUUGAGGAACGUGAUGGAGGAGACACUGGCGCAAAUGCCAGAGGUGCAAACGAAAUUUCGGUCUUUCGUCAACAUUCUCAACAAACGAUAACGCUUGCUGUAUCUGACGAUAUGUCCCAAUGUGUGCAUAUAUUUAGCAAAGAACCAACGUGUAAUAAGAAACAUUAAUGUUAUUGUGCUAUUUAUUAUAAAAAAGUUAAUACUACAGUGAGAUAAAUAUAUGUAUCUACACAGUUAUGACAUAGGAGAAUGCACUUUAUGGCCUGGUUCGUGGAGGCUUUACCAAUAUUCGUUGCUUGCACAUAAUCAACAUUAAUUAGGACCACUGUGCAACGAGUCUAACCCCUCCAAAUUGUUUCAGAAACUUACGAUUACGGGAUAUGCGAAGAUUUUUACGGUAGAGACUUUGGAAAUGUACUUGUUAUCUCUCGAACACGUAUGCGCUCGUUACAAGUUACGAAGCAAUGUACUAUGAUGAUAAAAAAAAAACCAGUCUUACAAAAAUUCAAAUCUGUAAAAAUGAAUAGUACAAUAAGCGUGUGAUACAGUAUGGAUUCAAUUUGCAAGACGGCAUGCAGACGUGUAUGCGUACUGAGUACUUGAGUACCUUGUAUAAAUAAUUAAUGUAUAUGUAAUCAUUGUAUAUUUAAAAUAGAUUUCGGCUCUAUGCCAUUCGUUUCUGUUGUCAACGGGUUCGUCUUGCUUUCUGAUAUUCUUGGCAAUGUACGAAAAUAUAUACCAUGUCGAUGAUA